GGAAUGAUCCAAUGUCUUCAGUUUCUUCCAUUUUUGUCUGCUGGACGGCGUCCCGACUCCGAUGGAAGCUACUUCCAGUUCGCCGUCACCGACUCGUUCCCGCGGCGGGCAAAGAGAUAGUGGCUCCGGAAGUGGGGACGAACGGCCAAGAUUUUUCGACGCAAAAGCGAAAGCUAGUUGUUGGGCUAAGGCGGAUGUUGUCCCUGGGCGGCAUCCCGAGCGUUGGCGUAAGGACGCCGCUGGUAAUGUCGUCUGUAAGCGCUUCUGUAACUGCCAGGGCUGCCUCUGUUUUGAGUAUGAUCACAUUGUCCCUUACUCUAAAGGAGGCGAAUCCACGGCGGAUAAUUGCCAGAUUCUUCAGACGAGAGUAAACAGAUUCAAAUCGAACAAAGACGAUGUUGAUACGUCUGAGUUGAAAGGCUAUUCGUGUGAUGUCAAGUUUACUGAUAAGGAGCUUGACAUAAUUGAAAUGGCUGUUUACGGAGAUGUAAUCCGGCCAGGGAACCAAUGUCGUUGUAGAACAGUUUCUGAAGUGCUUGGGCAAUAUAAAUCUAAAGACCGUUUGGCCCCCUGCAAAUUGCCAUAUAAUGAAGAAGGUUCUUUGUAACAACAAAGAAGACUUGAAACUAAAGCAUGUUUGCCCCAUCUAUAGUUUAAUACGAUUGAUAAACAUCAUUUUAAGAUUACAUCAAUUAGAAUUGUGUGGACCUCCAUUACUUGAUUAGAUCAAUAUGAAUCAACAUCGACCAUCAUUUUUUAUUUAUUAUUA